CUCUUUCCUUUCACACUAGCGCAGUCUAUCAACAAUUCCUCUUUUAUCUCAGCCAUCCUUUCACCAUGGGAUUACGCGACCUCCAUUACCUUCUCCAUAAGAAGUUUACAUGUUAAUUUGCGGCGAGACGUCAAACUAAGAAGCGGCAAUCCGGCAUUAGAGGAAGUCAGAUGGAGUCUGGAUCAGGAGAGGGAUUUGAAUCAUCUGCGAUGGAUGACUAUGAGUCAUUGAUAUCCACUACUGAUGUUGAGAUCUUGAAGCGAGCAUGGCGGAAUGAGAAGGCUGCUCCAGAGAUACUUCAGUAUGAGGCAUCUUUGGUUCAAAGAUCCCAAGAACAGAUUCAAUUGAUGGAAGAGAAUAUUGAAGAAUCCAUGGGGAGUGGCAAUGAUCCCCUUACGGUGUCGCUGUACCAAAUGGACUUGGAUAGAACACUUUUCUUGUUGAGAUCUUAUUUACGUACUCGUCUUUUAAAGAUUGAGAAAUACACGUCCCACAUCCAGAAAACUGCUGAGAUCUGGGAUAGGCUUUCUCGUCAGGAGCAGAAGUUUGCCAAGAGGUGCAUUGAUGAUAUUGAAAACCAUCUUGAUACAUCUGUGCUUUCAAAACUUCCUGAUCGUUAUAAAUCAAGCACAAAACAAUCCAUUAUAAGUGAGGAAGAUGAUAUGAUUCCAGAACCGCAACUGGAUACAUUCGUUGUUUGUAGAGCCAAGAGAUACUUGGGCGCUUUUCAGCUUGAUGACAGUGGUGAAUCUGAGCCAUUUGACAUGGAUACUGAGGAUGUAUGCUUCUUGCGAUAUAAGGCAAUAAAACCGCUUGUGUAUAGUGGACAAAUCGAUUUGGUAUGAACAUUUUUAUUUACUUAUAUCAACUAACCGUCGUGCCUUGUCAUGUUCUUUCUUCUUCUUCAAAAGACAAAUUCUAUAAAUGUAAUUGUUGCAUAUUUGUGUAGUUGCUUGUGCUGUUUUCUGUUUCUUAAAAUACUUUUCUUUAUAUGUGACCAAUGUUUUCAAAUACUUCUAACAAAAGGCCAUCACCCUUCACAUUUCAUAGUGGUUACUAUGUUUUGAAGCAUUGUAGAUUCUCUGUAUUUUUAAA